GGCGCGUUUUUCAAUGCUUGUGCGCAUCUGUUGAAGACAAUUCAAGCGCCUAAGUUUUCUUGGGAAAUGUCUAACAGCUCUUGCAAAGGUGAUGUUUUGAGUUUUUUUGAGAAGGAGAACAGACCAUUCAGUAUUGUUGAUGUUUGUGGCGUGUUGAAGAAUCAUGGGAAGACUGCUAUUUCCAAAGCAUUGGAUGAGCUUGUCUCGGAAAGCUUAAUUAAAGAGAAGGCUUACGGCAAACAAAAAGUCUAUGUGUAUGACCAGACGAAGUUGCCUUCUUUCGAUGAAAGUGAGAUUAAGAAAAUGGAGGCUGAAUGUGCAAACCUUUCAUCUGUGCUGGCGGAGGAACAAAAAAAGCUUAAAAAUGCUGCUGACGAACUGAAAAAAGUGACUUCUGGUCUCACAAAAGAGGAAGCAGAAGCAGAGCUAAUUGAAGUAAAUGACCAGCUUGACAAAAUAAAAGCUGAAGUAAACACUCUAAAAUCCAAGGGACCACGUAUUACGGAAUCUGAUUUAAAAUCGAUUUCCGAAGGUCAUAGCAAAGUGGUCAGUGAAUGGAGAAAACGCAAACGUAUUGCAAUGAAUAUUAUCGAUGCUGUGGCUGAGGGAUAUCCGUCAAGCAAGAAACAGUUAAUGUCUGAUAUAGGCAUUGCAACAGAUGAAGACUGGGGAGCUAAACUACCUACAUGAUGUUGUGUGGUCGUACUUACACUGUCCUUUUAUGUUUGCAUUUGAUUUAUUUUUGAUAUAAAUACUUCCAUUCACUACUUUUACGUCGUUUCAUUUGCUCCAAAAGACCGUUCAGUUUUCUUUUUUCUAGACAGCUUCACUGUCGCUGUUGAGUUUAAUUUGGUUAAAAUAAUGUCAUUUAUUAGUUAAAUUGUUCAUUUUCUCCAUUUUACUGUUGGCAAACAUGGCGUAUGAGAGCAGAGAAUAUAAAAAAAUAUACUUUUUCGACAG